GGUCCCAGGAAAGGAGCAGGCCCAGCAGAUGUCGUUGCAGGAGGAGGUGUCAUCCAGAAUGGACCAACGCUGGGAACUGAGGAACGAAGAUCACGCAGAAGGGUUCUUUAGGUCAGCGUACCAACUGAGAGAACAGCAACACCUUCUGGAUGCGACUGUGACUUUAGACCUAAAGGACUACGAAGCUCAUGGUGUCAUCCUCGCCGCCGUCAGCUCUGUCUUCCGGCGACGUUUAGAGCGCAGAGAGCAAGAUGCCCUGGAGCUAGACGGUGUGACCACAGCACGUGGCUGGGAAGCCAUUUUGAAUUUCGCCUAUACUGGGCUGUUGGAGGUCACGCCAGAUACAGCUGUGGAGGUGCUCGAUGCAGCGGAGGCGCUGGGCGUUCCUCGCGUCGCUGAGAUCUGCAAGGCGGUGUUGAUCGGGACAGAGACAGAGGACCGGCUCAGCCCGUCGGAAGAGAAAUGGGAGACGCUACGGAGCUUGGAGGGACUGUACGAAGAAGGCAUCGGCUGGGACUUGGCUCUUAAAGCUGAGGCAGAUACCUUUCAAGUUCACCGCCUAGCUCUGGCUUGCGGCUGCGAGUUCUUCCAUGCCAUGUUUACCAGCGGCAUGAAGGAAUCCCGACAGGGGGACGCCCCGCUCUGCACCCGCUUCACUUCGACUGAUCUGGGCCUGGUCAUCUCUUUUGCGUACUCAGGUGUGGUGGCAGGUGGGUGGGACGACCUCUUCGAUGCCGCACAGGCGGCUCUACAGUAUCAGGUCUCGGGCAUCUUGGAACUCUGCUUGGAUUUUUUCCAGCACAAGUUGAGCCCUGAAUCCAGUCUGGACGUCCUCUCCUUCGCCCGCGCUUAUGGUCUCCUCGAGCUGGAAAGCACCGUUCGUGACUUCAUACUGAGGAACUUUGUGCAGGUCUCAGCUACGCCCAAGUUCUUGGACCUCCCGGUUGGCCAGCUGGUGGACUUCCUCAGCUCCGAUGCCCUUUAUGUCCUCAACGAACUUGAGGCCUUCCAAGGAGCCAUGCGCUGGCUGGACGCCGACCGGACGGAACGGAUGCACCACGCUGAGAAGGUCAUCCGCUGCAUCAGGUUCCCUCUGAUGUCUACUCGGGAGCUGAAACAAGUACGGGCAGUGGACAUAAUGACUUCCCCAGGUCGCUUUUAUGAUAUCCUGGUCGAGUCUUUAUCCAGCUUCCCUCCAGGUCCUUCCAAGAUGGAGCAGCUCCCUUGCCGAGUGAGGUACCCCGAGAAGGUGAUUGUGGUCAGCGGAGGGGACUGCCUGACCAAGAACAUGGCCACUCGCAGCCCCAGCAAGGACAUCUGGUACUCCCACCGCUUCGUCAACGGCAUCGGACUGGUGAAGCAAAUUGAGUGGCGUCACCUCGGAGAACUCCCGGACGGGCCACGUUUCCGGCACGCUGCAGCGGUCAAAGACAAUAUAAUGUACAUCCUCGGUGGAAAACACUACUAUGGAAUCAGGGAUACCAUUUGCUCAGUAUUCAAGUUCGAUCCUAUCUGUGGGAGCUGGGAACGCCUGGCCGAUAUGACAAGCUUCCGGAGCUACUUCCCGGCUGUCUUCCUAGACGGACUUCUCUAUGCUUUGGGAGGAAGCUCCAGAGAAGCCUACGGCAUGGACUCAGUCGAGUGUUACGAUCCUCGUAACAAUUCUUGGAGGUCAUGUGAGCCUCUGCCUGCUGCAGUCUGUGGCCACGCAGCCUGCGUCCUGGAUGGAUCCAUCUACGUCUCUGGAGGCAGCGACGGCUCGUGCCGCUGCCUCUCGGCCCUGAUCCAGUAUCGCCCCGGGGCCAUCCCCAUCCCCCGGGCAUCCAUGAUAGAGGAGCGAGCGGGUCACAUCAUGGAAGGGCUGGACGGACGCCUGUAUGUGGCGGGAGGCCUGCGGUGGCGGGACGGCCACGGGGGUUACGCUGAUCAGCUGGCCUGUGAGGUGUACAGCCGGGACCAGGAUGUGUGGGUCGGCCUCAGCCCCCUGCCGCAGGCUCACGUCAUCGCUGCUUCCGCGUUGCUGCAGGGGGAGUUGUACGUCCUUGGAGGCUACAGCCACAACACCUACCGCGAUACUCACCUGAUCCACUGCUACAACCCAACUCACAACCGUUGGGUCAGCAUAGGGACGCUUCCUGAGGCCUACGCAGACCUGAAGGCCUGCAUUUUGGAAAUCCCUCCCUCAGUCAGGAAGAAGCAGCUCCCACCCUCAGAUACCACGUUGGAUAUUCCAUAUGAUCCUUCCACUGCGUCCGUAGACCAACUUUCUUGAUGUUCAUCACCCACUCAAAUGGCCACCUUGGCUGCAGACAGAGGCAGGGUUUCACACACGCUUUAGUUUUCUUCUGAUAAUCAUACCUAGCAUUCACAUAGAGUUUUUGAGCGUCCGGAACACUACACAUGCAUUUUUCGUGGCUCUUGUCACCAGGGCAGCCAAGAAGAAGAAGAAGACGAAGAAGAAGAAGAAGAAGAAGAAGAAGAAGAAGAAGAAGAAGAAGAAG